AUGUCAUCGUCCUUUUUCCACUGCCAAACGCACAAAGUGCCUGGCCAGCACAUCCGCCACUACGCCCACAGCACUGCCCACGAUCAACAUGCCACCUUUUACAUCCACGUUAAGCAAUACACGCCUUUGGACAACUUGAAGCCCGAAGCUGGCGAUGUUACCAUCAUUGCUACACACGCCAGCGGCGUCCCUAAAGAGGCCUACGAGCCGGUCUGGGAUGAACUGCUGGCUAGCUCGCGCCGCUGUGGUAAGUACAAGAUACGCAAUAUCUUUAUUGUCGACUCCCACAACCAGGGUGCCAGUGGUCGUUUGAACAAGGAUAUCAUGGGGAACGACCCUUCCUGGUUUGACAGCGCUCGAGACUUGCUCGCCGUUGUCAACCACCUUCGUGAUGACAUGGUGCAACCAAUCUUUGGCUUCGGUCAUAGCUUUGGCGGCAACGUUCUUGUUCAAACAGCCCUCCUCCAUCCUCGACUCUUUAGCGCCCUAGCUCUCGCAGACCCUACACUCAUAUACGAUCCCGCUCAAUCCGACUUUUCUCCUGUAACCUACAUUGCCCAGCGAAGGGAAACCUGGCCGUCUCGAGAUGCAGCUCGCGCGUCUUUCUCCAAGAAGAGCAUAUAUGCACUAUGGGAUCCUCGCGCUUUUGAGAACUGGAUCACUUACGGCCUCAUCGAGAACGACGAUGGGAGUGUUAGUCUCGCUACAUCAGCAUCUCAAGAAGUUCUGAUGUAUGGUAGAGCCAGUCACCCAGCGGCUGGAGAACCUCUAUCAUCAUUUUGCGCGGCGUCUGGUCGACAUUCAGAAAUGAAGCCAGAACUAGAAGGCAAGUUGCCGUUUUACAGACCGGAGGGGUACCUGGUCUUUAAUAAUCUCCCGCACCUGCAACCGGGUGUCAAUUACAUAUACCCGCUGAAAAAGACGACCGUUGUAUGUAAGCCAGAGCACCAGAUUAUCCGCCACAAGAUUACAGGAACUGGACUUGGUGGUAGUGGCGGCUUAAAUGCCGGCAGGGUCGACUUCCACAACGUUGAUGGCGGCCACUUCUUCCCGCUUGAGAAGCCAGCUGAAACCGCAGAGAUUGUCAACGAGUACUACGCCGCUGAGGUGUCGAACUUUAAGAGGCUGCAAAUGGAGAACGAACGACUGUGGAAAAAUCGCCCCGUCGAGCAACGGUCAACGAUUGAUAACGACUAUGUGUACUUUGCGAAAAACUACAAGCAGUACAAGCCUGGCCAACGAGUCCAGGCUAAGAUUUGAGCAAUGGACCAACUCAAGUCGUUUGUUUGAUACUGGAAGUGAGUAUAUUCUACAGAGUGCAUAUUCUGCACGGAACGAUAUUAGAAAUUAACAGCACGAACUGGCUGUCGAAAUGCAGUCGUAUAUAUGAUUAGAUGAUAAUGUGAA